AUGUCUGGCAUCCUCAACCCGAUACUGGACCUGCCAGCACCGUUGGCGACGGGUAUCGCACCCAGGGCGGCACAUCUUCUAUGCUUCACCUUCACGGGCGGUUAUGUCGGAUCGCUUUAUCUCGCUGAAGCGCUUUUUGGACAAAGACCAAAUGACAAGCAGCUCUAUUCGUACCCUCCUCCGGGGCACCGUGACCACCCCGAAACUAUGAAGCGCCGCAUGAAGGCCGUGAGCAUAGCCACGGGGAUGGCUAUUGCUGGAGUAUAUCUCACCGUUGCGAAGGAGAACGGCUUCCGAUGGAGGCAGGCGAUCAUAGAGACGGCGAGGCUCCUCGGAUUGUCAUCUAUCGGCUACAAGCUCCCUCUUGCUUACGCACUCGCCCCUCUGCUCUUCACCGGUCCCCUCUAUGCGGCUUACCUCGACGAGGAGCUGCCGGGCAUGAAGGGCUCUGGCUACUUCGAGUUCGGGCGACACGAGAUGCGCAACUACGUUGUUGGCCCUAUCACCGAGGAACUGCUGUUCCGAUCCUGUGUGCUCUCCGCAUGUCUGCUUGGGAAGAUGAGUACGAAGUGGCUCGUCUUCGGCACGCCCCUCUGGUUUGGCCUUGGUAAGUGCUCUCAUGUGGCUUAUGCUGACAAGCAGCCCACGCACACCACUGUUACCAGCGAUGGAAAGACGGCGGCUUCACCCGCGGAGCUGCUAUCCGAUCAAUCGCGCAAGGACCCUACACCGUCAUUCGUACUGGUAAGUCGAUCAACUGGCGACGUCCGUCUGACGCACGAAGGAUCAAUUAUCCCUGCCAUUCUCUCCCACACGUUCUGCAACUACAUGGGCAUUGACCUCCCAACCGCCGCCGCACAGCGCCAUCCAUCCAAGAAGCUUUCCAUCUACUCCGCAUACCUCGCCGGUAUCGCCGCCUUUGCGUACGGCCUGACCAGAUUCUGA